AUGAAGCCAUCUUUCCACCUUGGUCUGUUGACCUUCGCAUCGUCGGUCAUUGCCCAGAACGGCAAUGGCCCCUUUGCACCAGGAGCCUACAUUGUCGAUUCUUCCCUCCCCAGCCACACCAUCUACAGCCCUGGAUCAGGCAAUCCUGGCCUGAUGCCCGUUUUCAUCUGGGGAAACGGCGCAUGCUCCGCCGAUGGCACGUCUGCCCAGAACUACCUCAAGCAGAUCGCGUCCUACGGCUAUCUCGUCAUUUCCCAAGGCACGCCCGGUAAGUCGGGCAGCACCACUGCUGCGCAGAUGAAGGAGGCCGUCGACUGGGCCGCUGCUGGCGGAAAGGGGGCUUUCGCCAACAAGGUCAACACCAAGCAGAUCAUGACGGCGGGCUACAGCUGCGGCGGCACCGAGGCGUACAACUUCAUCAACGACAACCGCGUGUCGUCCAUCGGCAUCUUCAACUCUGGAAUGCUCGGCAACUACGACCAGGCGAAGCAGAUCCGGAAGCCCAUCAUCAUCGCCCUCGGCGGGCCCAACGACAUCGCCUACCCCAACGGCGAGCGCGACUACAGCAACCUCCCGUCCGGGACCCCCGCCUGGAAGGGCAACAUCAACCGCGUCGGCCACGGUGGCACGUACGGCGAGGCCAACGGCGGGGCCUACGCCAAGGCCACGGUCCAGUGGCUCAACUGGAUCUUCAAGGGCGACGCCGCCGGCAAGUCCUACCUCGUCAGCGGCACCGCCGCCGACGGCUGGGACAACGCCGUUAACAAGGCCAUCGACAACUUGACGGUCCCCGUGAGCGCCAGCUGA